GAGCGAGUGGAUGCUAGGCCCCAGCAAUCUCUGGAAAAACACCAGUUUUCGCCUUUUAUUUGAGGAGGAAUUUGUGUUUUGUUUUUUUGUUUUUUUUUAAAUACACAUCAGGUGUCGUGAUUGGCCGUUAAAUUUCACCAUGGCCGGGAGCAGCACGGCUCAGAAAACAUGGGAGCUCUCCAACAGAAUGCAAGAGGUGCAGAGCAUCGAUGAAAUUUACAAGUAUGACAAAAAGCAACAGCAGGAAAUCCUCGCCGCGAAGCCAUGGACGAAGGAUCACCACUACUUCAAGUACUGCAAGAUCUCAGCUCUGGCCCUGCUGAAGAUGGUGAUGCACGCCCGCUCCGGUGGAAACCUGGAGGUGAUGGGUCUCAUGCUGGGGAAGGUGGACGGAGAAACCAUGAUCAUUAUGGACAGCUUUGCGCUGCCAGUGGAGGGGACAGAAACCAGAGUCAAUGCCCAGGCUGCAGCCUAUGAAUACAUGGCCGCCUACAUCGAAAAUGCCAAACAGGUCGGUCGGUUGGAAAAUGCUAUUGGCUGGUACCACAGUCACCCAGGCUACGGAUGCUGGCUGUCUGGCAUAGACGUCAGCACUCAGAUGCUCAACCAGCAGUUUCAGGAACCUUUUGUGGCGGUUGUGAUCGACCCCACUCGGACUAUUUCUGCAGGGAAGGUCAACCUCGGUGCCUUUAGGACAUACCCAAAGGGUUACAAACCUCCAGAUGAGGGGCCGUCAGAAUAUCAGACAAUCCCUCUGAACAAGAUAGAGGAUUUCGGUGUGCACUGUAAACAGUAUUACGCCCUGGAGGUGACUUACUUCAAGUCUUCCCUUGAUAGAAAGCUCCUGGAACUCCUCUGGAACAAAUACUGGGUCAAUACCUUAAGUUCUUCCAGCCUGCUGACGAACUCGGACUACACCACGGGCCAGGUGUUCGACCUGUCGGAGAAGCUGGAGCAGUCGGAGGCCCAGCUGGGCAGAGGCAGCUUCAUGCUCGGCCUCGACACGCAUGACAGGAAGUCCGAGGACAAGCUGGCCAAAGCGACGCGAGACAGCUGCAAGACGACCAUAGAGGCAAUUCACGGCCUGAUGUCCCAAGUCAUUAAAGAUAAACUCUUCAAUCAAAUCAACACGUCCAGCAAUCAACACUGAAACACAAUUUUAUCUCGAAAUAAUUUCUUGUGCAUGGCUGGUUGUAUUCCUGCUUAGAUUACCACCGUUUUUGUUUGAGAGGGUUUUUGUUGAACAAAACUGCAGUAAAAAGAAAAUAAAAUAUUGAAGGGACCA